UCCCCGCGAUGACGUAAAAUUUGUGCGCCUGAAACGGGCUCUCGGUCGUUAGAAAAUCGAUAAAGCCAGAAGCUCCUGUUUUGCUGUAGUUUUGCUCAAAACAGUCAAAAUGCCGAAAGUAAAGAGGAGCAGAAAGCCACCUCCCGACGGAUGGGAGCUCAUUGAGCCCACUUUGGAUGAGCUGGAUCAGAAGAUGAGAGAAGCUGAAACAGACCCUCAUGAGGGGAAGCGAAAGGUGGAAUCCCUUUGGCCAAUCUUCAGGCUGCACCAUCAGCGCAGUCGGUACAUCUUCGACCUCUUCUACAAAAGAAAAGCCAUCAGCAGAGAGUUAUAUGACUACUGCAUAAAGGAAGGUUAUGCGGACAAGAACCUGAUAGCCAAGUGGAAGAAGCAGGGCUAUGAGAACCUGUGCUGCCUGCGCUGCAUCCAAACACGAGACACCAACUUUGGAACGAACUGCAUUUGCAGAGUCCCCAAGAGCAAGCUGGAAGUCGGAAGGAUCAUUGAGUGCACUCACUGUGGAUGCAGAGGAUGCUCUGGCUGAGCGGAGUUGAUGUUUGACAUGAGGACUCAUCUAGUUUUCAUAGUAUAAGCCUGAAGCGAUUUUUAUUUCCCUCAUCUGCAUCAGAAACACAUCUUUAUCAUCACCUGUCGGCUGCCCUUAUAUGGGAUCAAUAUUUUUGCUGUUCCUCUGUGUUCAAGCAUUGCAAUGGGGAGAAAACUGUGACCAGGGGCCAUGUUUUUGUUUACCACUAGAUUUCUGUCUGUACUUUUUAUUCUGAAUAUUCUGAAUAUUUUGUUAUGGACUGUUUCUGAGUUGGACCUGUCAUUCCAGAUAGUCAUGCUCCCUGUGAAGGUCAGUUCUGAUGCAUUGGUUUUCAUCUAAUGUAGGUUAUUGUACUUUUGGUCUUGAUUUUAUUUUUGGGUGAGUUUUUUUGAUUAAAACUGAUGCCUCUCCUUCAUUAUUACAGUAUGAUUUUUAAAUAAAACAUUUCUGUCAUUUCCUGUC